AUGUGCCUCAAAGAACUCACAAAAAUCAUGAAGUUUCGCAAAGCAUAUUAUGAUGUAGUUCUUCCCAUAUUCUGUGAAGUGAGUCGGUCUCAAGUUCGUAAUCAAGAAUUUAGUUUUGGAGAAGCACUUCAAGGUACUGACGGUGAAGUAUCAAGCUGGAGGAGAGCUCUCAGAGAAGCUGGAGGCAAUUAUGGGUUUGAUGUGCCUAAUCUCGAGUCCAACACUCAAAGAGAGGAGAUUAUUGACCAUAUUAUCCAUCGUGUUCGUGAAAUAUUGGCCCCGCCCAUGUGUAGUGCAGAGAACACCGUUGGAGUGGAUUCUCGUGUCCAGGAUGUGAUUACAAUGCUUCAUAAUCAUAAAUCAAAACACGUUAUCAUGGUAGGGAUAUGUGGAAUUGCGGGUAUAGGCAAAACUAUUGUUGCCAAAGCCAUAUUUGAGCACAUCCACUGGGAAUUUGAGGACAUGUGUUAUUUGGGUUUUGACGGGGAAGAUUGGCAGAGGGAAAAAGUCGACCUUGUUUCAAGGUUACGUACGCAAAUAGGAAGCCUCAUGUUGAAGCAUAAGAAGGUACUUCUUGUGCUUGACGAUGUGAAUCAGUUGGAGCAACUGAAUACUUUAUGUGGGAGUCGUGAUCACUUCGGUGAAGGGAGUAUAAUAAUCAUUACAACUAGAGAUUUAUCACUUCUUAAUGCCUUUCAAGUGGAUGACACAUAUCACAUGCAACUUUUGAGCGACCAAGAGUCUCUUCAACUUCUCAUUUGGCAAGCAUUUGGACAACCAUACCCUAUAGAAGAAUUCAUGGGUGCUUGCAAAGAAGUGGUUGCUUAUGCUGAAGGGCUGCCACUAGCUCUUAAAGUCCUUGGUUGUACGUUGCGUAGUCAGCCAUUGCAAGAGUGGAGUGCGAUGCUCCAGAAGCUGAGCCGACUUCAAUAUUUUGGCAUAUCCAACAUUCUAAAGCUUAGCCUCGCCUCUUUAAGUAAGGAACAAAGAGAAAUAUUUCUAAAUAUAGUUGAAUUCUAUAUUGGGGAGGACUUGAAUGAUGUGAUCCAAGAGUUGAAAGGCAAUGAAUUCUAUGCUCACAUUGACAUAGAAAUCCUACAGGAUCGAGGCCUUAUAACCAUUGACGACAACAAACUUAGAAUGCAUAAUCUGUUGCAACUCAUGGGAAGCAAAAUAAUACAUGAAACGGUACUCACAGAGUUACAAAUUCGAGGUUAUAGGUAUGAGGUGUUCUUGAGUUUUAGAGGUGACACUCGGAAGAAUUUUACUUCACACCUCUAUGCGGCUCUAUGUAAUGCUGGCAUAACUGUUUUUAAAGAUGAUGUUGAGCUUCCCAGAGGAAAGUAUAUCAACACAGAACUCUUGCAGGCAAUUGGAAGUUCAAAAAUCUCAAUCAUCAUCUUUUCUAGUGAAUAUGCUGGAUCUAAAUGGUGUUUGAAGGAAUUGUCAAUGAUCAUGCGGCUUCGUAAAUCGGAGGGUCGGGUGGUUCUACCUGUGUUUUACCAUGUUGAUCCAUCAGAAAUUCGUCAUCAAACUUCCAAUUUUGGAAAAGCAUUCGAAGAUUUUAUACGAAAAAGUUUCCAAUCAAAACCUCAAGUUUCGGAGUGGAGGGAAACCCUUACUAAAGCUGGGAGCCUUGCAGGAACCGUUGUACUUAGUGCCGGGGACGAGAGUGAUUAUGUUGACGAUAUUGUUAGGCAAGUUUGUGAUAUAUUGUGCAAGACUGACUUAUUUGUGGCUGAGCACCCAGUAGGAGUCGAUAGUCGCGUGCGUGAAGUGAUCACAAUGCUCCAAAACCAUUCAUCUGGAAAUACUGUCACAAUAGGGAUAUGGGGAAUGGGGGGCGCCGGCAAAACAACUAUUGCCAAAGCCAUUUACAAUGAAAUUGGUCGCACUUUUAAGAGUAGAAGUUACCUUUCAAAUAUCAGAAAAGAAUAA